GAACCUCCACAACUUCCGAGGUGACAAACGCAUAGCAGGCCACUAAAUUAGUUGGCCUCCAACACCGCACUCUAUAUAGGCCCAAGGCUCAAAUCUGAAAAUUAUGAAGUCUGGACCUCACAUGUUUCUGUCAAGGCCCAUUUUCAGGCCCGCCGGAGUCGGCAAUUUUCCCUUUCCCCAUGUGCUGCUUCUCCAAUCUCCACCAUUAUCGAGCACCUCGAAAAGUUCCGGGGAAAACUAAACGGGAAACAGAGACAGAAACUCCAGAAUCCGAAAACCACUGGCGGCAGCCAAUACUUUUUCGGAAACCGUCAAAUUCCUGAACUUUUAUUCUUUUGUUACUUCCGCCAUUCCCCGACAAUGCACCGCCAUUGCUAAGCGUUCUCUCUGUUUACUUCUUUCCUCCUAUAUCAACUUCAGAAAGCAAUAACAAAAAUGGAUUCUUUCUUCACGACCACGGACGUUAUUCUUCCCUCCGGUUUGCAUAACUACGAAUGGCAGCGCGAUUCGGCGGGCACACUCACCGCCACCACAACCACGGCCACGGCGUAUCUACAACUAAGCUCGUCUUUCUUUUGAUGUUCGUUUGCCUUUUACUUACUGCUCUGGUAGCCGAUGCCUUCUGGGCAUCUUCUUCUUCGGUCUCUUCAGCUUAUCGAUCAGUUGCUUCCAUUUGGGUUCUUGAGAAACCUAAUAGCAACAAGUAUGUGGUACCUGCUCCCUUUGUUCACAACAGUUCCAAGGAAGGAGAGCAUGGGAGGGUUUUAUCAGCGACAUUUGCUGAUCUAUCGGCGCCUGAGUUGGAUUGGGAACAAAUGGAUUCAGCUCCUGUGCCUCGACUGGAUGGGUACUCUGUUCAAAUCAAUGAUCUUCUCUAUGUUUUUGUUGGGUAUCGCAAUCUUGACAAUGUGCAUUCCCAUAUAGAUGUGUUCAAUUUGAGUGAGACCAAAUGGUCAGACAGGUUCGAUACGCCUAGAGAGAUGGCGAAUUCCCACUUGGGAGUGGCGACUGAUGGGCGAUUCGUGUACAUUGUCUCGGGCCAGAAAGGUCCUCAAUGCAGAACAGCCAUAACUCUUAGUUACUCUCUGGACACUAAAACAAAGCAAUGGAGCAGCUUGCCUCGGUUACCAGCUCCCAGGUAUGCACCAGCCACACAGUUGUGGAGAGGGAGGCUCCAUGUGAUGGGUGGAAGCAAGGAGAAUCGCCAUACUCCUGGAGUUGAGCACUGGAGCAUUGCUGUGAAGGAUGGCAGAGCUUUGGAGAAGGAAUGGCGGAGCGAGGUGCCUAUCCCUCGUGGUGGACCACACAGGGGUUGUGUUGUAGUAAAUGAUAAGCUCUUCGUAAUUGGUGGCCAGGAGGGUGAUUUCAUGCCCAAACCCAACUCACCCAUCUUCAAAUGCUCUCGAAGGAAAGAGGUGGUUUAUGGCGAUGUUUACAUGCUAGACGGUUCCAUGAAGUGGCAAACUCUGCCACUAAUGCCGAAACCAAACUCUCAUAUCGAGUGCGCGUGGGCAGUGGUGAACAAUUCAAUCAUCAUUGCUGGCGGCACAACAGAGAAGCACCCUCAAACCAAGAGGAUGAUGUUGGUUGGGGAAGUCUUUCAGUUUCAUCUCGACUCACUGAGCUGGUCAGUGAUCGGAAAGCUUCCUUACCGGGUAAAGACGACCCUUGUUGGGUACUGGGAUGGAUGGCUGUACUUUACAUCAGGGCAGAGGGACAGAGGACCUGAUAAUCCUCAACCCCAGAAGGUCAUUGGAGAAACGUGGAGAACUAAACUACAUUUGUCUUGAAGGUUGGUAUAUACCAAGGCAGAAACUAGUGCGAGUUUAUAGCUUUUGUGGCAUGUUUAGUCAAUUGGAAUUACCUCAUAUUGCACGUAAAGAAUGAUCUUAGAACUAGUUGGUUUUAUAGUAAUUCGAUUUGUUUGAAGAGGUUCAAGAAUAGGCUGACCAGUCCCUUUAAUUAACGAUUGUAUUAGUC